UACCAUGGAUGACAUCUUUCAUGACUGUCGCAGUGAGAGUGACUGCGAUCGCGAGUGUGCACAUAAGGCGGGCAUAUUGAAGGCCUGCCAAGGCGACUUUCCGCAGGAGGAGCCUCAGCAACGCAAGGCGCCCAUGGAUAUGCGGAGCAUCAUAAGACGCGCCGCACAAAAUACGCAAAUAUUACUGCGCGGCCUGGGCGUUCACUGCGAGUGCACCGAGAUCGAGGAGCCGCCGUCUACAUGCAAGUUCUUUUAUCCCGCAACGCUCGAGAUAAGCGCGCGAGUGCACACGGAGCCUUCAUGCGGCGUGCCCCCGCAUUGCCAGUGCAUACUGCGCGGCAGUCCGGUCACUCUCAGCCUCCCCAUGGAGCUGGAACCACACAGCGGCCAGGUCAAGGUCAACAUAUUUAAGCCGGCACCCAAUACAUUGGCUCAUCCCUGCGAAUGCGCAGCUGUUAGCCCUGGUGGGGGCGGGGGCGGUUGCGUGGGAGCGGGAGCGGGCGCAGGCGCUGGUGACAGGCGGGCUUGUGGCCCACCUCAAAAUUGUAUGCGCCGGCAAUCGUAUCGUACCGGAACCGCCCGGAAGGCCGUGAGGAGAGUACGCUGGGAUGCAUAGGCAGCUCAGUAUUUGCCGUGAAACGCCGUCAAGUAGCAGCUGCCUAUGGUUGCCUACACCCAAUUAGAGCGGGCGCUGGGGCAUUCAGCUUGGGAAAGUGAAGGAGUAAACAACAUGUGGAGUUGCUCACUAGAACUGAGGGAAGCGCCGUAUUUGUCAACCAUGAAAACGAGUAACGAUGUCAUAUGAUUGUCUGCAAACGAGUGAUGUGAACAUGCGUGCGUCUUUACUUUCGAAUUUCUCAUCUAUGGAUACUAAGUUUUGGAUAGUGCUAAUAUUUGAACUGAUUUUGAUAGAAUAAAAAGUGAAAUAAAAGAAAUGUCUAUA